AUGUCGGAUCCAUACGGCAAUCCCUAUCCCCCUCACUCCCAAUACGCCUCACCGGCGCCCGGCUACGGCCAACAGCCCCCAUACGAUGCCAAUCAGCAAUAUGGAUACCCACCCCAAGGAGGAUACAGCCCAUAUCCCCCGCAGGAUCAAUCAUACCAGCAGCCAGCUUAUGAUCCCAAUGGCCAGUCGGCAUACGGCCCUCCGGCCCAAGGCGGCUUCCAGCACGCCCAACAGGGCGAGCAGGUCGGCGCUUACGACUCAAGCAACCCUCAAGGUCAUCCUGAAUACUACCAACCCCACGAUGAUCCCACCACAAGAGGUUACAACGCCCCUGUACCGUACCAGGACCCCUCGCAGCAAUCUUCUCCGUACCCUCAACAAGGCUCUCCAUACCAACCCAAUCAAGGCGCUCCACAUGAUUACUCACAGGCUCCACCGGGUGGCGCUCCCUACGACCCCAACAAUCCCGCUGCAGCAGGUCCCGGAGGCGUUCCCGGCGAAGAAGGCGAGCGUGGUCUAGGUGGUGCUUUAGCUGGCGGAGCUGCAGGUUAUUGGGCUGGCCACAAGAAAGGUCACGGUUUUAUAGGUGCCGUGGCUGGAGCGUUUCUCGGAAAUAAGGCCGGCGACUUCAUUUCUGACAAAAUGCACCAUAAUGACCAGCCUCAGCCACCGCAUGGCAGCAGUUGGGGCGGCAAAUAUUGA